CUUAGUGCUGUGGUACAGUCCCAGCUUUUUUCUAUGGCACAGCUUGGACUGGAUGCUGCUAGAACAUCCCUCUGUGGGUGGGGUGGGGGUAUCUGCACGAGUCUUAACUGCGUUGUUUUUGGAUUACAUCACUGCAUCGUCACAGUGUGUUCAGUCUGAGCAGGGAAGAAGAGCACUUUCAAUCCCAGGUCCUCUGUCACACAGCUGUUAGUCCUUUGCCGAGACCUCAGCACUCCAUUGACCGGCACACACGACAUACUGCAGGAGGACAGACAGGCAUCAUGACUCAGGGCAAGCUGUUCCUUGCAAACAAGACCACCAAUGACUCCUCCUGUGGACAGGCCUCAGUGGCACCUGCUCCUCCCAGCUAUGAGGAAGCCACUGCAGGCACCAGUGCCCCAUGUUACAAUGAUGCUGAGAUGCUCACAGAGUUCACUUGGGAUGAUCGCAACAUCAGGAGGGUUUUCAUCCGAAAGGUGUACACCAUCUUGAUGAUCCAGCUUCUGGUCACUCUUGCUAUUGUGACUCUGUUCACAUUCUGUGACCCUGUGAAGGACUACAUCCAAACCAACCCUGGGUGGUACUGGGCCUCUUAUGCUGUAUUCUUUGUCACCUAUCUGACCCUGUCUUGCUGCUCUCAACCAAGGAGACAGUUUCCAUGGAAUCUGAUUAUGCUCGCCAUCUUUACCCUUGCCCUCUCCUACAUCACCGGGACAUUAUCCAGUUUCUAUAAUACCAAGUCAGUGGUGAUGUGUCUGGGCAUUACAGCAGCAGUUUGUCUCCUCGUCACACUCUUCAGUUUCCAAACUAAAUUCGAUGUGACAUCAUACCAAGGCGUGCUCUUUGUCUUCUGCAUGGUCAUGCUCCUCUCUGGACUUGCGCUCGCACUUGUCCUUCCCUUCCAAUAUGUACCAUGGUUGCAUGCUAUCUACGCCGUCUUGGGAGCGAUACUAUUUACCAUGUUUUUGGCAUUUGACAUCCAACUGCUAAUGGGAAACAAGCGGUACGCCAUGAGUCCAGAGGAGUAUGUCUUUGCCACUCUCAACAUCUACCUUGAUGUCAUCUACAUCUUUUCCUUCUUUCUCCAAAUAUUUGGAACAAAACAUGAGUAAACACCACCCCACAUUUCUGAGCGAUACAGAGAAGGGAUGCAUCAAUAGGGAGACUUUCAUUUCUGAGUGAUGUUGGCAAGUACUCCAUGACUAAGUUAGCUGUACCCUCGCCCUACUCUAUUCAUUCUAGCAUGUUUAGGAACCCAUACAGCAUAAAGAGGUUAGGUUACUAACUUUACUUUACAGAAAAAAUCCAGCUGUGAUCCAGUUCCGUUUAACACUGAUAAAACAUUCUGUGAGUGUCCGUAUGGAGCUUUGUGUCCAUGCAUGCUAUAGUAUCACAAAUCUCUUAGCAAACAGUAAAUAGAAUAAUAAAUGUCAAUUCUGUUUAAAAGGUAUUUGAUCCAGAAUUCAUCAUGCAUGACUUCCAAGUUUGUCCAGUACCAAACCAGUCAAUGGACUUUGUCUUUGUGUGAUGAUUUAGUAAUUGAGAGCACAAAUGUAAUGCCUUUGUUUUUCACUAAUCUGGUUUUAAUAGUUGGAGUAUAUAUUAGUAUAUUGGUUUUCGAAAGACAAUUCAACAAAUAAUUUUUGUCAAUAUUAAAUUUGGGAUGUUACUGCUACCACUGCUGCUGUAAACUAUAUAGUCAAUAUGUUGAUUUGUUGCACCACUUUAUUUCAAAACUGUCAUUUAUUGCUUUAAUUUUAUCUAUAAUGCACAUGUGGGUAUAUACGUGGUUGCAACCAGAAACAAAUGUGUUUUUUAGCAUUAUAUUUUUUCACUGAAAGUGAGACUGAGGUGGUGACAUAUGAAAAACAUAAAUGAUAGUGCCAUACAUCCACAGACUUACUGUAUAGUAACUUUUUGAUAAGGAAAGACAUGAAUGCUUUAUUUCGUAAUUAUUUUUUUAUGACAGUGUAUGAUAUGUUGUAGAGGGAUGAGAUACAUGGGUGGUGUGGAGGUUAAAUUUAAUUAGGUUUUCUGAAGUGACCUUGUAGAGUGUUGUAUGCUUUUCAUUGCAGUAUUUGUGUCACUGUAUGUAUUUAUUAAAGGGUGAAUGUGUA